AUGUCGCCUCGCUCCACUGAUAAUUCUCAUCUUCGUGAAGAGGUUUUGCCUCUCUACCCUUUUCUCCUCACUGUGCCCACCGAUGUACCCUUUCGACUUGGCAACCGCAUUGUCAACAAUUGCGCAGUGAGUGAUGACGGACCCUUCGCCCCAGAGGAACAACAGCUACAAUAUAUGACAUUUUUGACCCACGACGAAAGUGAUUCUCUCCUGGUAGCCGUGGGCGAUUGGUCCGACGCCAAAGGGAGCGUAAUGGCCGACCCGCGUUCGCGACCUCAGAGUGCCACUAGCACGCCAUCCAACAUUUCGACCAAAAAGAAAAUCAGCCUACAUGACUAUAAGAAUAAAAGAAAGAGUGACACUUCGCAUUCACCUCUGAGCCAGGACACGCCAGGUCGCCAAGGGGGUCCUACUGUCUACGCCCACCGUGACAAUCAUAUUUCUAAACAUAUCCCUACUAGCGACAACCGUCAAAAGCCACCGAAGACACAUCUCUCUCCAACCCCCCCUUCUCAAUUGGGUUCCGAGCAUGUAGAUCGCAAGCGCCCUCCGGGGCGUGACCUUGGCCGGCACGGCCUGCAGGUCAAGGAUAGUGCUCCUGCGAAGAAAAGAAAGUUAUCACCUGAACCUCCAGUAACUCGACCCAAAGCAGAAUCCUCAAACGCAAAUGGCCUUCCAAAACUCCUAUCACCUACCUUGCCGCCAACUUCAAGCACUCCCCGACUACCUCGACUUUUGUCUCCUACUCUGCCGCCUGAUCUCGAAAGGGAACUGGCCAAGAUCGGGAAUGAGUCUUUGGCAUCAGAUUCCCAACCGGAAUCUACUGUGAAUAGUGACAGCGCAAAUCAGAAACAACAAAGGGAUAAAGUGUCGGCAUGCGACAUUUCGCAAUUGGAGCCCAUAACUACGAACAUCCCGAACUUUCAUUUGGUUUCUGAAAAAAGUGUCUUAAGAGGCGCGGAGUCUGUGAAGGCCGGGUCCCACGCAUUUUCAAAAACCAAUAUACGGCCGCAAACGAAUAGCAGGCCGUUGCAGACGUUGACUACCAAACCUAUUCAAUCUUCUUCGGCGAGGCCUCGGUUAAUUGUGAGGUUGAAGUAUGGGAGACCAAACAGGAAGCGCGUUGAGGGUCUUCUAAAAUUCGCUGGUAAAAGGAAGCUUUCUCACCAAAGUUCUCCCACGCCUGAUGUAGUCGAGCGAGAAUUGUCUCAUUCUACGAAGCCUGAGCAGCAGCCAAAAGUUCCAACGUCUGAUCAGACUGAUAAGACUGUCCAUUUGGAUGGGAAAACGAAGCUUGCGGGGAGUGAUCGCGCAGAUUCUUUGGCAAGAGAUAGGGCGAAAGAGUCACGACUGCCUAGUGUAGAGAAACCUCAAACCCCAGUCCUAAGUCAAGCACAGCAGGAAAAAACAAGGUCAGUAUCGAUAACGCCAGCAAAAGACCUCAAGCACUCUUCUUCCCGGCAUGAAUCAGCCACCAAUGAUAGGAAAGAGCAUUCGCACCCAGGCUCUCGGAAAACGCCGGCAGAUCCGUCUCCAAGCACAAUUACACAGUCGCCCCCCCGCCCGAAUAGUGCAGAUAGGAAUGGUGAGCGCCGAGCUUGGAAAGAUGAGUACCAGAAAUACGGAAAUUUGGGUAGGGAGCUGAAACAUGCCGCCGAUCGGCACACGGCUAAAGAUAAGGUCGCAAACACUGAUGAGAAGCUUGCUGCUGCGACCGCAAUAGAGGCUAUUAUCUGUUUCGUCCUUGCCUUCAUCGCAGAAGAUCAGUCCAAGGCGAUUUCUCGACAGAUUGGUGAUUCUUCCACUUGGCUAUCCAUCAUCGCAUAUUGGCGGGUGGUGAAAAAGAAUAGUCUCCCUUAUCCACCACUUCAUAGUCUUUGCCUUAUCCUGGGCGCCAUCUCUUACGACGCUAUCCAUGCACUUGACCUCGAACGCCUGGCAAUCACACCUAUGCCUGGUGAACAGACACCUCUUCCUACGCCUGCGAGCGACGGACAACCUACACAAUCGGAAGAUGGUAAAAGGGGCUUAAAGGAUUUUCUAGAGCUGAAAGGUAGACUCCCGGAGUGUUACAAAGAGUCGCAACGAUUGUGGUAUGAUGGUUCCCGGGGUCUGUCAGAAGACACUCUUGCUCGCGAUUUUCCGGAAACUUGGUCGAAGCGCGCCAGAAAUUACACUGAACAGGGGAAAAAACGCCUGAAGCCCGGAGACUACUCCGGUGAGAUUUACCUACCGCUCGGGAGAACCAGCACACCCCUCGAAAUUGUUCGGUUUAGUUACUCUCUUCUAAGCGAAUGGUGCUCGAAAGAGAAUAUCGAGUGGCAAGGCAAACUCGAUUUAUAG